AUGGAAGUUGAUUUUGGUAUCACUGAAUACUUGGGUUCUCCACAAGAACAGAUGAGUUGCGUUCUGAAACAUCUGUAUUCUGAUUUUAUAGUAAAAGAAAUUUCUUCCAACGGCGAUGUCUGUGGUAAAGUUUAUGACAAUAAAAAUUUUAGAUACAUUUUAUUUUCGUUUUUUGAAAUCGCAGCAGAAAGCGCUGCAGCGUGUAUUUUUUUUUGCUUAUUUUAUAGUUUAGAGAUUUUUUUCAUGUACAACAGCUGCGAUGUAUCGCUUCUUGCUUUUUUUUUUAGGAAAAGAAGCCGGUGGCCGAAAGAACGUCCCAAUUAUUUGCAUUUCACUCUAUCAAAGGAAAACAAGGAUGCUCAGUUUGCUUUAUCAAUCACCAAAGUCACAAACUUAGGUACACGGGGCACCAAGGAUCGCCGCGCUGUAACUGCUCAACGUGUUUCGUUGUAUCGUUAUACUGCUGAGCGGGUUAAAGAGAUAAAUGCCCGUUUACGUGGAAUCCGUUUGUCGGAUUUCACCUAUGAGGAGAAACCAUGCAUUUUGGGCGAUCUUUGGGGAAACCGGUUUCAAAUAGCUUUAAGGAAAGUUUUGGUUUCUGAUGAAGAAUUGAAGAAGCGUGUUGAGGAGGUCGCAGCCAAGGGAUUUAUCAAUUACUUUGGCACACAACGCUUCGGCUCGUGCGGUAUAAAUACAGCUAGCGUGGGUAAAGCGAUAGUCAAAGGAGAGUGGAAAGAAGCUGUUGAUAUUGUUCUUGGGGCGCGUGAUUGCGACUUUUUAGGGUGUCUUGAUGAUGCUUUGAAAGUGUGGCAUGAGAAAAAAGAUGCGAGUCUUGCUUUAAGUAAACUUUCGGGAAGUCAGGUGUUUGCUUCUAUUGAGUGCCGCAUUCUCAAGGCACUGUCUAAAGGAGGAUUCAAAAAUGCAUUUAUGUGCCUUCCAAGAAGUGGACGUAGUUUGUACGUCCAUGCUUUUCAAAGCUUAUUGUGGAAUCAGGUAAUUUUCUGGAAACUGACAAAGUUUCUUCAAAUCACCUUGCUUGAAGUUUCAAAUUUUUUUAUUUUUACUUUUCCUCAUUAUAUCAUUUUUUUGCUUAUUUCAGUAGCUGAGUGGUAUGAUGAAAUACUGAAGGAGAACGGCAUCAAAGAAGAAAUGUUUGCAGAUUUUGAGUUUGAAGUUGUUAAUUACGCAGAUGUGAAUUCUAAGCUACAGCCAGAUCUGGAUGGAAAGGUCGAUGAAAGGCUUCAUGACACAGGAGAAUACAGAGCAUUGCUUCUAAGCUUCACUCUCCCUGCGGGUUCUUAUGCAACCAUGGCGUUACGAGAAAUAACGAGGUUUUGUUUACUGUGUGAUAUGGGAAAGCUCUCGCAAGUUCUGUCAUCAAAGGAAGACGAUUCUUCAGAAUUGUAA